CUGUGUCCUCAUUAGGAGCAGGAAGCUGUUUGGAAGCACUCGGAGCAAAUAAAGCUCUCCUCGUUGUGGUCAACGAUAAAUUAAUGGGCAAUCACCAGCUGGAGCUCGCAAAGCAGCUAAAGGCAGAUUCUCCUCUUAUCUACUGCACAUGCAGUACUCUGUCUCAGACUUUGAGGGAUAUGGAUCUGUCUGCUCUGACAACCUAUGUGCCUGGUCAACCGCAGAACUUCGCCAACAAGGCUGUUGGACUUGUUUGAGAGCUCUCUCUUGAACCGGGACGAUUACCGAGGACAAUUUGGGCCAAGGCUUACUGGGAAAUCCCGCACUCGACCCCUCUGGAGAUGAUUGUUUGAAAACAACAGUUUUUUGCCUAAUUCAUUUUGUCUAAUUAAACUAAUAAUUGUCCUGGAGGAUUGUAUAAUGAUGGUACAGACACAAGUGGUGCUUCUUAUGACUUUUUUUCCUAUAAAGUGACAAUGAAACUGUAAGGUUGCUGAUCAUAUGUAUUCUUAAAGAAGCGGAAGUUGUUAAGGAAACUUGCUGUAGUGAACAUCCUGUGUAGUAUUAGACCACAUUCAUUUGUUACUCAGACGCUCAGAGAGCAUGACUUACAUUCACACAUCAAGACUCUAUUUUGGGCUUUUGUUCUUAAUUCUGACCUUUCAACGAUGCUGCUCAGCAGGUGAUCCGAGUGUACAGUGUAAAAUCAUCAACCUUGAGUAUGUGGAGUGCUUCUGGCACUCAAACACACCAACAAUGAACUAUACCUUCAGCAGUGCAUUUAAAAACAAUCAAUCUGUCAAAGACUGUCAAGAAUACAUAAUAGAGUACAAUUACACUGUAGGCUGCAGAAUUCCUCUUAAAGACCCUAAUAAGAAGUUUGGAACAUUUUAUACGAAAGUAUCCACAGACGGAAACCACACUGUUUCAAAAACCUUUGAAUCGCUCAAGAGAAAAGUGCAGCUAAACCCACCCUGUAACCUCUCAGUGAUGUGGAAUGAGCAGGACAGCACACUUUUACUGCAGUGGAACAGUAGUUACCCCGGCAAAACUAAAUGUGUUGUCUAUAUGGUGCGCAACCAGAAAGACACAAGCCAGUCCUCAAACGUGACAGGUAUGUCAUACACUCUGUCUCAGGUCUCACAGAACAAGCACUAUGUUUUCCAAGUGCGGAGCACAGUUGCUGAAGUCUGUGGUGGUUCAGAUUUCUGGAGUGACUGGAGUCAUCCGGUGGAGUGGGGCGGUACAGGGAACAGCAGCAGACAAGACUGGUCGUAUGUUAUUGUUCCAGUCUUUUUGCUGUUUCUUCUGUGUUUCUUGUUGUGUUAUUGUGAGAGGAAAAACAUCUUUCUUCCGGUUGUGCCUGACCCUAGCAAAAACCUACAGGAUUUGUUUCAUAAACAUGAUGGAAAUGUUGAGAGCUGGGUUCACAUCUCCAGAGAGCUGAAGGAAGCUUUUGAGCCUGACUACACAGAGCAGUCCUGUGAUGUGUGUGAGGUUACACCCUCUUGUGACACCGGUCCUGCUUCUCAAACUGACAACUGUGAUGAACCAAGCACUGAAAAAGAGCAUGCAGAUGAACCAAGCAAUGAAGGAGAGCAUGCAGAUGAACCAAGCAAAGAAAAACAGCAUGCAGAUGAACCAAGCAAUGAAAGAGAGCAUGCAGAUGAACCAAGCAAAGAAAAACAGCAUGCAGAUGAACCAAGCAAUGAAGGAGAGCAUGCAGAUGAACCAAGCAAAGAAAAAGAACAUGCAGAUGAACCAAGCAAAGAAAAACAGCAUGCAGAGGAACCAAGCAAUGAAAGAGAGCAUGCAGAUGAACUAAGCAAAGAAAAAGAGCAUGCAGAUGAACCAAGCAAUGAAAGAGAGCAUGCAGAGGAACCAAGCAAAGAAAAAGAGCAUGCUGAUGAACCAAGCAAUGAAGGAGAGCAUGCAGAUGGACCAAGCAAAGAAAAAGAGCAUGCAGAUGAACCAAGCAAAGAAAAAGAGCAUGCAGAUGAACCAAGCAAAGAAAAAGAGCAUGCAGAUGAACCAAGCAAUGAAGGAGAGCGUUCAGAUGAACCAAGCAAUGAAGGAGAGUGUUCUGAUGAGCCAAGCAAUGAAGAAGAGCCUGCAGGACAGCAGAGCUUAUAAGCCAAAGUGCCACUAACAAUUCACCUGCACUGUCAUCUAAUUCUUACUGAACAUUUUAAUGUUUUCUUUUGCACGUUUAUUUUACCUCAUUCAUUUUUCAUUGUAUGCAGAGUUUAUGUAUAAGAAGGAUGAAAAAUAUAAUUGUUGAAAUGUCUCAAUCAAUAUUACUGUGUACCCAAAGGUUUAGGGUUGUUAUGAUGACCAAGGCUGCUUUUAUUUGAACAGAAUACAGUAGAAAAUGGUAAUAUUGUAAAAUACAAUUACAUUUUAUUUCUGAAUAAAUUAUAAAAUGUAAUGCCAAAGCUGAAUUUUUAUGCAUCAUUGUUUGGCUUAGUACAGGUGCAUCUA